AUGAUGGAUUUUACGUCAAAACAAACAAAUCAAUCUUUAGAAGAAAAAUUAACUAAAGAUUGUAUUUCUUUGCUUCCUUCAGGUGGGCCUCCUAAUUCUAUUUCUUUAACAAUUGAAAAUUUUGAACAAAUUAUGAAUACAAAUAAUAAUAUACAUGAAUCACAAUCUAUUACUAGUGUCGAAAAUGAUAUAAAUGAAAAUAAUAAUGUUAAUAAUACAACUCAAUCACAGGUUAUUCCUUUAUCUCAGGAAUCAACAAAUAAACAUUCACCACAAGAAUCUCAACCAAAUUCUAUGUUUGAUAAUACAUUAUUAUCAUUUUUAUUUAAACAAAAUGAAAUAAGCAAUGGUAUUAGUAACGCAAAUGAUAUUCCAAAUGAUGAAAUAUUAAAACAUUUGACUUUAACUCAACAUAAAAAUGAAUCUCAAUCGUCAUUAUCAGUUGAGCAAUUAAAUGAAGAAUGUACUUUGUCAAAAGAUGAAGAGACACCAGAUACUGAUGAUAACAAUCUUGGAACAAUAUCCGCUGAUGAAAGAAUAUCUAAAACAAUUAUAGAAAAUUGUUCUAGACAAAAAAAUCAUGAGGAAGAAAUUUUUAAUGCAUUUGCAGCUAAUAUUCAAUUACAGUCAUAUUUUGUUCAAAUGAUGAAAGCAAUGAUGACAAAUAUGGGACAAGAUAAUAUUCAUUCUCUUCCAUUGCUUCAACAAUAUAGUAUAUUACCACAACAAAAUAUUUCUAAAGAAUCAACAAAUGAUAUCAUUAAAAAUAUUCAAAAUAAUACUAUUUCUAGUCAAAUAAAUAGUAAAAAAAAAAUUAAUGAUGAUGAACCAUUAGAUCUUAGUAAUAAAAAUAAAUUACCUGUUUUAAAUAUUAAUAGUAUACCAACAAAUUCUACUAUAGUUGAUAAUAAUGAUAAUAAUAGUGUAAUUACAGAAUCUUUAAAACUACAAGAACAAUUAAUUCAAAAUGGAGCUUUAUCAUUAUUUCCAUAUACAUUACAAUCACAAAUAUUAAAAAAACCUACAACAAAUACAAUUACUAAUAAAUGGAGUUCACCAAGAGGUGCUGCAAAUAGAAGAACAUAUACACAAUCAGAUUUAGAAGCAGCUGUUAAUGAUAUACGAUCAGGAAAAUUAGGUACACGUAGAGCAUCUGUUGUUUAUGGAAUACCACGUUCAACAUUAAGAAAUAAAAUAUAUAAAUUAGAAUCAGCAACAUCAAAUCCUGAAGAUAUUUUAAUAAUUGGAAAAAAGAAAAGAAAAAUUAAUAAUGAUGAUAUUAAAAGUAAAGAAGAUGAAAAAAAUUCUUUAGGAUCAUUAACAGAAUCAGAGAUUUAUCUUUCAAAAUUGUUUAAUACAAAUAAAGCAAUAAAUGUCGCAAAUAUGAUUAAUAAAAGUCCAAAAGAAAAAGAAUCACCGAAUAAUAGUUUAAAUAAUGCAAAAGAAAUUGAUAAUUUACAGUCAUCAAUAUUGCCAACAGGAAUAGAACAAAGAAAUGAUAAUGAUAAACGUUUAUUAAGUAGGGAAAAUAGUUUUAAUAAAACAUAUUUUGGUGAAGGAAGUACAUCAAGAAAUAGUAGUGAAAAUGGUGACAAUUCAAAUUCUGAUGGAUUAAAAAAAAGUCGCCCAAAAAGGGGACAAUAUAGAAAAUAUGACAAAGAUGCUUUAGAUGAAGCUGUAAAAUCUGUAAGACGUGGUGAAAUGUCUGUUCAUAGGGCAGGAAGUUUUUUUGGAGUACCACAUUCUACCUUAGAAUAUAAAGUCAAAGAAAGAAAUCUUUUAAGAAUUAAAAAGAGACAAAAAAGUUUUGAUGAAUAUAAUCUUGAGGAGAAAGACAAUUUAAUAGUUGAAAAAAAAAAUGAUACAUCAUCUAACAAUGAAUCAUCAUCAAAUGUUUUGACAUCCUUAGUUACUUCAUGGAGUAUGUUAUCAAGGAAUUCAGAAAAUAUUCUUGCUUCAAUAGCUCCAAAAUCAUCAAUUAAUAAAUAA